AGUAGACAGUUGAAGUUGAAGUUAAGUUCCCAAUUUGGUACGUUACGAUACAGAAGAUAGCCAUUUCACAACAACAACAAAUACAGGUGAAACUGGAAACAACAAAAUGGGAAUAGGCUCUUUUAUCAAGAAAAAUGAAAAGAAGGGUAAAGGUGCAAAGGCUUUACGAAAGAGAGCUAAAAGAAAACAGAGAAAAGCAGAACAAGAGAAAAAUAUUGUGAUAGAAGACACUGAAUUGCUAAGUAAAGAACAGUUAAAAAAAUUAGCGAAACAGCCUACAAAUAAUAUCAGAGUGUCAGGAAAACGUAGAAGGAAAAUGUUGAAAAGAUUGAGACAUUCACAGAAAGAGAAAAGCCAGAUGGACGUUGAAGUAGCGAGUGGCAGCGGUGCAAGUGGGUCAAAGGUCAAGGACGCUGACAUGGAAUCAGAUGAGGAAAUGAGCGAUGAUGAUGAACAGACAGCUGAGGCUUCAGAAAUGACAUGAAACAUUUUGUGAUGACUUUUGACUAUGUUGAAUAACUUUAAUACCAGAUUGUUAUGAACUAUUCCAGAAACAUUUUUGUAAAUAACUAUUAAUGAAAUAAUGCCAGUUUUUAGUCUGUCUACCUGUAUAAUGUAUUGCCAGCAGUGUAUGAAAUAUUAAAAACCAACACUGCAGAAUAGUGUUGCUGUGCACACAGGUGUUGAUACAGAGCAUAGCUAAAAUAACAGUUCAGUGGCACAGGCGCACUAAGAACUGGUGCUUUGGAAUAACUGCCAUACUCGUUCAGGAAUGAUUCUGCUGUAUAAGAUACAUGUGUGUACAUAAUAGAGUGCAUUCACUUUACAUAAUACAUGUAGGACUGUAAAAUUAUCUGCAGUAACAAGCGCCAACAUUAAAUUGCCCCAAUUGGAUGUACACACGUAUUAAGUUUACAGUAUACCGACUAAAGGUUAGGGGUAGGUUUAACAUAGGUUUAAUAGUGUACAUUCAAUGCGUGCAUACACUCAAUGUGGGAGAUUUAAUACCGACCCAGUAACAAGAAUCAGUUUUUCUUCAAGUUCAGUGUUUUUCCCAGUUCUGCAAAGUUCUUAUAAAAAGAUAAUAAAAAAGUUAUAUAAUUAUAUAGAUCUAUAUCAAUACUGAAAAAACCCACUCAGUUUUAAGUAGUAUAGAUUUCCCCAUAUAUUGUAAAUGCCAAAAUUUAGUCAGGAGUUUGCAAGUGUCCUGACUUUGGCAACUUUACACAACAUCCAAGUAAAGUUUUCUUGCCACAGUGCUGGAAACUGAAGUGGGAAAAAAUAAUCAAUCCAGAUUUCAUACAUAAACAAAACUUCCUCUUAGUUUUAAACCAUCAUAUGACAGAUGUAAAGGUUCGUGUUAUGCAUUUUAUGAAUUUAAAUUUUUUUGAUUUUAUACUUCAGACUAUUUGCUUUUCAAAAUUUAUAUAUCAUCUUGUUACAAGUAGAAGGAACUUUUUGAGAGAGGAUAGUGUGUUUGAAGACAUAAAUUUUGCCUUUAAUAACUGUUCAUUUGAUUUGUAAAGGGAAGGUAAUCAAACACCUUCCUGGAACCUUAAUUUUAAAAAAUCUGAACAGAUACUGUGAAAUCAUUAUUAUUGUUUUGAGACUAAAGCACAACAGUUUUAUCAGUCAAGAAAAUUAAAGUCUGACAAAAAAGAA